CGCGGCUGGCGGUGGGGUCUCUCCGCGGCUCCGGGUGCCCCCCUCGGGCUCUUGGCGCCUCGGGCUGCGCCGCGCCUGCCCGCCGUCAUUUUGCCGCCUUCCCUUGUCCCCCCUGCCUGUUUCUCUCUGCCAGGGUCGCCGGGUGUACGAGAGCCAUCCGAAUUGUACUGUAACGUCAACCCUCGAACUUUAAAUUGGAAGAUGAAAGGCAGUGUUACCGAGGAACAGCUCUAUUUGGACUUCUCCCAUCAAUAUGAAGAUUGCAUCUUUCCUCUUCAUUCAUCUGUAGCCUUAUUUUUGCUCUCCUACUGUGACUGCAAAUUAUUCAAAGUUUUCUUAGUGCCUGCUGGUGAAAGUGCAGAUGACCAGCUUGAGGGCAAAGCAUUGCCUAGUGAUCCCAAGCUGCACUUCACCUCAAGGUGUCAGCUUCCUUUAGUAGUCCAGAACUGCUGUUUGCCUGCUAUUGUGGGGAAAGAUGGCAAAUUCUGUCGAGCUGGUCUUGCUGUUGUGCUGAGGCACAUAGUACAGAAAAUAUUUGAGGCCAACCCAUCAAAUAAGGAAGCUUUAGAACUUUUGGGAUUUAAAAAAACCUGCUUAAAAGCCUGUGCUGAAGUUAGCCAGUGGACCAGACUUUGUGAAAUCAGCAUCCCUCUGGCUGUUGAGAGCUUUUUGAGUGCAUCUCCUGAUCAGUGUCAGACCAUUCCACCUGAGGUUUUGCAGCUUGAGAAAAAGCUUGGAGAACCUGUCAGGGUGCACAAUGAUGACAAAAUCCGAAGGCAGAAACUGCAGCAGCAAAAUACAGCUGACAACACUGCUUUGCUGCCUGCAUUUGCAAUGAGAAGCACAGAAGAAGGAAUAAUAGAAGAAAAGCAGGCUCAAACACUCGCAAGCUUGGAACUGAGAGUGGCUUUCUCCAAAUUAACUGUACAGGAAGUACCAGCUACAACCAACAGGGAGCCCCCUCUCAUCAGGAAAACAAAAACCUCUGACCUCCCACCCUUGGAGCAUAUUUUUGCUGAAGGGCUUUAUUUUACCCUGGCAGACCUUGUGCUUUUACCAUGCAUCCAUCAAUUCCUGCUCUUCAGCAAGAAGCAGAACAGAAAACUAUUAGAUUUGCCUCUGAUAUUGGGCUGGUACCAAAGAGUUCAGAAAGUACCUGGAGUAAAGGCAGCUGCUUCUAAGAGCAAUAUGCAGUUUCUCCAGUUUCCAGACUUGCUGUCUUCCCCAGAAGAGCAACUUCAAGAUUUUAGUACAUUUUCUGAUGGGUCAGAAGAGGACCAUGAAGACAAACAGUUUAUAGGUGGUCCAAGGCCAACCAUGACAAAGUUAAUGGAAAGAGGCAUUGAAGCAAAAUUUUCUCCUCACCCAACCCCAUGCUGGACACUGGACUGGAGCGAUCUACCAGCAGCAGUCAAUCCUGGAGAAGGAAAGAUGUCCAGCGAGCGUGCUUUGAGGAAGCAGCAGCAACUGAACAAUUUGGUAGCUAUGGUGACAAACCUCAGUAAACCUGGAGAUGUGAUUGUGGAUUUUUGCAGUGGAGGGGGCCAUGUUGGUAUUGUUCUUGCUCACAUGCUGCCAUCUUGCCAGGUGGUGCUAAUAGAAAAUAAAGAGUUGUCAUUGGUUCGUGCUAAAGACAGAAGCGAUGAACUAGGAUUAAAUAACAUUUGCUUCAUUCAAGCAAAUCUGGACUAUUUUAAAGGGACUUUUAAUAUUGGGGUUGCUCUGCACGCUUGUGGAGUGGCAACGGAUAUGGUGAUUGAGCACUGCAUCAAGGCUCACGCAGCCUUUGUUAUCUGUCCUUGUUGUUACGGUUUCAUUCAGAACACAGCAAAGUUUACAUUUCCACGAAGUCAUCGGUUCAAGGAAGUUCUAUCCUAUAAGGAGCACAUGAUUCUCUGCAGAUUUGCAGAUCAGACGGCUGUCCAGCUUCCACCCGAACGCAAGAUAAUAGCUAGGUCCAGAGCACAGGGCUGCUUUCAGGUCAGAUCUGGAUCAGGGUAUGAAGAAGCUGCAGCAGCAGCUCCAGCUCUGACGCAGAAUUGCAAGAGUGAUGGCAGCUUCAGGUUCAGCUCCAGCAUGAGGCAUGCAGUGGGAUCUGGUGGUUGGGGAGGUAGGGCCACAACAGCGUGGAUGGGCAAAGCCACCAAUCAACAUGUCCACUGGAGAUACUCCCCCUCCCCUGCCACACUGGUUGUCCAGUGGGUUGUGGAGAGGGGUUCCAUGGGCUGGAUCUGGCCUGUGAGUUGUAUGUUUUACAUCCUUUAUCACAUUGCCCAUGCAUAUAUUCAAAUACAGUGUAAAGGUUUUGGCUAGUAUUGGUAACCCUGUUUAUCUAUAUGUUACCAAUUACUGUAGUGUUGGUGAAUUAAAGAAAAUGCUUAUUUCACCCAGUACUCAGUGGACAGAAAUUCCUCAUAAAAUGAAUGAUGACUUAUUUUCCUGCAGACCUUCAUUCUCUUCCUCUCCCACCUUUUCUACAGCACAAUUUGGGCUUUGUGUUGGAUCUUAUACAUGUCCUCAGUUGCAACAUCCAUCCACAAUCAGUAAUGUCACCAAUACCCCUCCAACUAUCCAUCCAGUAUGUACUCUCAUAUCUAAGACCGAUUCCUUUGAGACCCCCAGGCUAAUUGGGUCUAUAUUGUGAAUAAGGUCCAUACUAUAACAUUUCCAACUGGCACCUCUUAGGUGAACAGGAAAUAUUUGUAAUGCUGCAGUGAAAUGGUGUGUGUCCAUUCACAGAAAUUUGUCCAGUCUGCCAUAAAAGGAAAUUGUCAUUCUAAUAGCAAAUACAAGGUUCGGUGCUGCGCAGUGCAACUCUACAGAGAUCAGUCUUGGUAAGGUGUAAAAACUGCCUGCAAAGCGACCAAACUGCUAAAAUGGAAUCCAUAACUGGGAUGGCAAGAGGUAAGCAUUUGUAUCAGGCAAGCAAAUAUGCCUGCCCUGAUUGCACAUCCCUAAUUUUUUUUCCUGCCAAUUGUAAUUAAGCACUCAAUCACUGCUUGUGCCACACUCAAAGCCACCAGUCACCCAGUGGGGGGCAAACUCCAGCCCUAUAACUGUCUCAGUGGAGGUAACAUAUUUUCAUUUGUAACUAAGGAACAUGCAUUUUAGUUCUACAGAAGAAAUUAAUUUGGAGAUCCACUUUUUAUGAAAAGACAAAGUAGACUGAAGUCACUUUAGCUUAAUAUUGAAAAAGAAAUAAACACUACCAUGUGAUACACAGCCAUCUGUGCACCAGCUUUAGUAAACUGGAUUGUAGAAUCCUAACCGUCAGAUCCCAAAUGCAUUUGAUAGCGUAUCAAAAGGGAGUUGAGCAAUUGGAAUGUGAAAAUGAGUGGCUAUCACAGCCUUGUUUCUUGUUCAGGACUUAGGACUGUAUAAUUAUCAAUCUCAUAAAUACUUUUCAGGAUAUUGCUGAAAUUUUCUUCCAAUGGUUGUGAAAUGGCUGAUAGUUCUAUCUUUUCCAUGAACAGUCCUUCAGAUAGUUUGAUGAAACAUAGGAGCCAAAUAUAUUAAAUAAUAUUCACCUGGAAUCAGUUAAAAUAAAUAAAUGAAGAAGCAGAAAAUAAACACAGCUUUUUCCUUCUACGGUCAUUCAGAUUUAUUCCCUUAUGUAUUUUUAAAAUGAGGUUUAUGCUUCCAUUUUAGAAGGAAUUAGACUGUAAUUUUGGAUCUCACUUAUAAACACUCACAUGCUUGUGCCCUGAUCAUUUGCUUAAGCUACACUCUGUUUGAUGUUUAUUUUCAUAUUGAUUGUGGAAAUGAGAUAAUAUUUAUGUAAGAUCCCCAGGUUUAAGAUGAACCAUGAGGAAGAUGAGGACAGUGAGAAGGAAAAGGACUAGAGCUGAAGGGAGGUGAAACUAGUUUGAACGCUGACAGUGAUAUUUGUUGCGCAGUUGGCCCCCUGAAAGCACUCUGUAGCCAUGCCCUUACAGAAGCACAUGGCUGCAGAGCACUUUAAAAGUGCCCAAUUGCAUGACAAAUUGCAUCAAACCCAUCAUUUAAUGAGGGUUCAGAUGAAGGUGCUCCAAAGUGGAGCGCCUUCAUUAACUUCUGUUUGUCCCUGUGCACGUUCAGGGGGUUGCCAUCAGCCCAGCCUACCCCCGGUGCUGUCUUCAGGAUGGAAGUGGGGAGAAGG